GGGUGGUGUGGGUUUUAGUGGUUUAGGGGUUACAGUGGCAGUGCUGGCUGGACGAUUGGACAUGAUGAUGUCAAAGGUCUCUUCUAACCAUGAUGAUUCUUUGAUUCCUCUAUUCUAACACCCGGCGACACAGCCACAGAAUGCACUAUUUAAUAACUACCGCGCCGGGCACCCUUCCACUCCCGACAGCGGCCCGACCAAACAUGGCGGCGGCCCCGCGGCCCCUCAGCGCUGGCCCCGCCCGUUCCCGCCCAAACAUGGCGGCCGCCCCUCAGCGCCGGCCCCGCCUCUCCCCGCACCCGCCAUGGCGGCGGCGGAAGCGGCGCCGAGGGGCGGAAGCGGCGGCCGGGCCGGGCGGGCGAUGAGGCUGCGGCGGGGCGCGCUGCGGGCGGCCCUGGCGUUGGUGCUGCUGCCGCUCCUAACGCCGGCCGGCGCCGUGGAGCCCAUCAGCCUGGGACUCGCCAUCGCGGGCGCCGCUGCCUCCGCCCUCACCGGCUUCAUCUCCUACCCGCGGCUCUACUGCUACUUCAGGGAGUGCUGCCUGCAGCGGCACGACAGGCGCGCCGCCGCCGCUCUGCAGGAGAAUUUGGACAAGAAGCUGUUCGGGCAGCACUUGGUGAGCAAGGUGGUUGUCAAAGCCGUGAGGGGCUUCUUGAACAACACCAACGCCAAAAAGCCUCUCGCGCUUUCCUUGCACGGGUGGACUGGAACAGGCAAAAACUUUGUCAGUAAGAUCGUCGCUGAAAGCAUUUAUAAAAAGGGUCUGCAGAGUAAAUAUGUCCAUCAGUUCGUGGCAACUUUACACUUUCCUCACGCUCACAGCAUCAAUCUCUACAAGGACCAGUUGCAGUCGUGGAUUCGGGGAAAUGUGAGCAUCUGUCCCCGGUCACUCUUUAUAUUUGAUGAAAUGGAUAAAAUGCACGCAGGGCUCAUUGACUCAAUCAAGCCCUUCCUGGACUACUAUGAGCUGCUGGAUGGGGUGUCCUACAGACAAGCCAUCUUCAUCUUCCUCAGCAAUGCAGGAGCUGAAAAAAUAACAGAGGUAGCACUAGAUUUCUGGAGAAAUGGGAGGACAAGGGAAGAUAUCCAGCUCACAGAUAUCCAAAAUGCACUCUCUGUGUCUGUCUUCAACAACAAAAAUAGUGGAUUUUGGCACAGCACCUUGAUUGACAGAAAUCUCAUUGACUACUUUAUUCCUUUCCUGCCUCUGGAAUACAAACAUGUGAAAAUGUGUGUCAGGGUUGAGAUUGAGUCACGUGGCUACACCGUGGAUGAAGACAUUGUGAGCAGGAUAGCUGAUGAAAUGACCUAUUUUCCAAGAGAGGAGAGAAUCUAUUCAGAUAAAGGAUGUAAAACUGUGGAUGCAAAGCUGGAUUAUUAUUAUGACUUCUAAUGCUUUAUUGCUACAACCUGCAAAGAAGCAAAUUUAAUUUAAUCACAAAGUGGGGGACCUGAGACAUUUCAUUUUUAAGUACUUUUUAAAGAAAGGAACACUAUUUUUUAACUGGUGUGUAAAUAAGCAGCAGUGCCUCUGCAUUUUUGUCACCAGUCACGGCUCCCGAGUGCUUCAGCCUUGUGCUGUGAAGGUAAGAAGGAACUGCUUUGGGAAUUCCUGGAUCUGGGAGGGCACAAGACUCCUUGAAUCAUGUGUAGAUCAUUGGAACCCUUUGGCAGACUCUUGACAGGUACAGAAGGACUGAGACUAUGGCCUAAAUUUAAUUUGAUUUUGCUCUAAUGUGGAUGAUCUCUAGACAAUAUUGAGAACUUUAAUCAAAGUUCCUGUGUCUCUGAAAGCCUUCAUUGGUCCUGUGUGGGAAUAUGCAUUAAAACUAGAACGUGUCUUUUUGCCUUCAACAGCUUGGGCCCAGUAAAGAUAAGGGGGGGGAUUCUGGAAUUAAAAAAUCUGGGCUCUUCUCUCCAACAUCAUACAGUGCCAUUGUCUUUUUUAAAACCGAGGUAUAAUUUAGUCUCCUAUGUGUCCAACCAAGAAUAUAAAACUCUUUGUUGUAAAUAGUGUUCAAAGAGCAGACUUAAUAUUACAAGGAAGUGAGUUAAAAUCCCUAAAUGCCACCCCAGUGUACUCAGUUCCUGUUUUAGGUUAGUUUUUAUGUGUAAAGUUGCCCACAGCAGGCUCUCCCUGGAGUGAUCACAGGAGGGAGGGCUGUGCUCUGGGAGUGGUGAGUCAGCCUCAUGGAAAGGCUGCAAUGUCAUGGGAAAUGUGUACAGAUUAAAUUUUACACCAUGGAAACUAAGAGGCUUCUCUUCACUUACAUGUUGAAUUCAGGGGAAAGCUUGCAGUUUUCCCUUUUUCAUCUUCUCACCCUACUCUGUGCCUCUGAGGCAGGGAUGGAGGCAGAUCUAAAGGCAUUUAAAAAAAUAACCCAUAAAUUGUGUCCACUGAAAUUACUGUGAAGGGUGUCAGACUUGUUUCUGAAUGUGAGCACUGCAAAGGCUUUUUUUCAUUCCAGUUGCUGUUCAAAAUAAACCUUUGUCAUCAGAAAUGUA